AGCAAAGCGCGAGCACAUUCCACGUCACUUGAUGUGGAUUUAGCGCGAGCGAGAGCCAGGAUCCUGACAGGAGAAUUUAGCGCUUUGACGUGAAAGUCGCCGGAUGUGAUGCCACGAGCAUUUUGGCUUCACGCUCAAACUGACAGCGAAGGGAAUAUCAACGGGUUGUAAACUGAGGUUUCAUCGCAAGUGUGUCUGAUCUGGUGCUCGAUUUUAAUGGGCGAAUCAGGGACACGCCGCUCCACCCUGGUCUCCAGGCUUCCCAUCUUUAGACGUAGUGUGCGAAAGAGGCAGGACUCGCUCCCCUCCUCACCCUCGUCCGGUGGUGUUGGCAAUGGCGUUCACACUUCCUCUCCCUCCAGCACGAAUUCCAGUUCCAGCAGCACGAGCAAACGGCGCAGCCUGUUCCGCACACCGUCCCUCAGCUUCCACAGUAAGAGGAACAGCGACCCAACCCAGCUCAGCCUGGACAAUCGCAGCCAGGGAUCUGAAGUCACCUUUCGAGAUGGUUCCAUCUCAAAGACGCGGCAUUCAUUCAGAUUUGGCGGACACAAGAAGAAGAUCACCCGAUCUCAGACGGAAAACCUUGAGAAAGUGUCCGCUAAUCGCAGCGUGUUUAUUAAUUGCAUCAGCUCAGGGACCAAUGAGGGAGAUGAUUCAGGGUUCCUCGAUGAUGUGAGCAGCAAGAGGUCUUCCAAGCAUAAGAAGCAGCUGCUGCCCAAGUCCUUAUCAGCUCACCAACGUUUUUCCAAGAACUUGUCCAAUGUCCCAGACCAGGGUAAAGGUCAGGAUGGUGUGGAAGAUCCUCCUAAAACUGGUACCCCAGGUUCCUCGCCUGGAGAACUGGCUGAGAGUUCUCUACAGUCGCCCAUGAUCUCAGAAGACCGCACCACGGCAAUAACACCAUCUGAUUUUGUUCACGUCGCUGAAGACUCUGUCUCAGAAGUUGACGCUUUGCCAGCCCCCAGUCCAGCUGCUCCACCUGAAAACUUCAGCCAAGCUGUUUCUCCGUCGCAGGUGCCCUUCUCCCCAGCCCAGGCCUGCACGGAAAAGCACUUACUGCCAGAUACCAGCCACACAGCCAACACACAGCGUGAGAGCACCACUGCCCAUACGGAACCAGUACUACUGCAGACAGUGAAAGAGCUGAACCCUAACACUAACCUUAAUGCUAAUGCUAACCCUGACCAGUCAGAGGCCAGUGAGAUUGAGCAAGCUCCAGAACUGAGUGAGGACAGCAGCUCCAGCCCAGACGCCCGUGAAAGGCGGUCUAGGAACACUGUACUCAUCCAGCAGGCAGGAAGAUCAUCAGGCCUGAGCAAACUAGAGACAAGGCCAAGUCACCUGAGAAAGCCGCACACAGUGUCCAUGUGCAGCAGUGUGAGCCCGUACCAUGAGGUGAUGCGCAUGGAGAGACGUCUGCGGUCAGCCUCUGAGGGUGCAGGAGGACCCAGACUUCACCUCAACCUCAGGGAUCCUCACUGCAUGGAGGGCAACACUUUAUACAAGCAGAGAACCAGUUCCUCAUCUUCCAAACUGGGCAGCAUGGAUGUUUUGAAUAACCUUGGCUCAUCUGAGUUGGAUGAGGAUGACCUGAUGCUGGAUCUUGACCUCUCUGAUGACCAGCGUCCUCAACACGCCUCACGGGAGGAUUCCAGUCAAUCCCUUGCAUCAUGCCUCAACCUGCUGCCCUCACCCCUGGAGGCCUCCACCGACAGGACCCCUGGAAGAGAGCCCAAGGAGACCCCUCUCAGGGAGAAGCGGCCGAUGUCCCUCUUUCUGUCUCGUGAUGAUGAACUUUUGCCCGGGCUGGAAGCGUUGCCGUUCAGGCUGAUGCAGCAGGACUGCACAGCGGUAAAGACUCUUCUGCUGCGGUUACGCAGGACCCUGCAGGAGAGCACUGAGAUCAGUCCUGCCAGCAGCCUUCACUCUCUACCCAUAAGCCCCUGCAGUGAGAAAUCUCUCCCUUUUAAGGAUCCUGGGAGAGAAGAGAACCAGUUCCUGCAACAGCAGCUGAAGGAGAAAGACGAGCUGAUUGUACGACUUCAGGCUGAGUUGGUGAGAAAACUCGACGAGUUCAAUGUAACAUUUCAUAACCGCGAGUUUCAUAACCACCUUCAGAAAGUCUUACGAUUGUAA